AUUGCUCACUCACUCCCGCACUCCACAUCUCUUCGCCUCUUCUCCUCAUCACUGCCCGCCAUGUCCUCUUCGUCUCGUCUAGCUCAAUUGGCAUCGCACCUCCAACCCUCGGACGUGAUUCCUCGCCCAUCACCCCUGGUCGGCGCACUCCUCCAGGAUCAAGUAGCAAUCAUUACCGGCUCCGGUCAAGGAAUUGGCCGCGCAACUGCUCUCCUCUUUGCCUCUCAUGGCGCAAAAGUAGUCGUCUCCGACCUCGACAAGGCUCGAUCCGCUGCCGUAGCCAAAGAGAUUCAGGAUGCCGGUGGAGAGGCAAUCGACUUUGCGGGCAACGUCAUGGCAGACGAUUUUGCAGAGGGCGUCGUCAAGGCUGCGGUCGACAAGUGGGGGAAGAUCAACCAUCUGAUCAACAAUGCCGGAUUCACAAACGACAAGAUGCUCCAUACCACGGACGAUGCCACCUUCCGCAUGAUGCUCGAGGUGCACACGGUAGCCCCCUUCAGGCUGGCGAGAGCUGCUGCCCCCUACCUGCGAAUCAAGGAGGCAGAAAAGCGCGAGAAUCGUUCCAUCGUCAUGAUCGGCUCUACCUCGGGCAACCACGGUAAUGUCGGGCAAAUCAACUAUGCGGCCGGCAAAGCCUCAUUGAUUGGGAUGACCAAGACUCUGGCAAAAGAAUGGGGUCCCUUUGGCGUGCGAGCAAAUCUGUGCGCCUUUGGCUGGAUCGACACUCGCCUCACUCAAUCCAAGGCUAGCGGUGCUGCCAUUGAGAUCGAUGGCAAGAAGGUUGCGCUUGGGAUUCCAGGCAGACCGGCUGCUGGCGGUAGCGGGGGAGCGAGUGUCAAUGCUACGGCGGACAUCCCGCUGGGCAGGCCGGGAAGAACUGACGAGGCUGCUAGUGCAGUCCUCUUCCUGGCAAGUGGGCUCGCCAGCUACGUAAACGGGCAGAUCAUCGAGGUGACGGGAGGAAGAGGCAUCUGAGCGAGCGCCCAUGAAUCAUCGCAGCAAUGUCAAUGCAUGCCGCAUGGGUAGCGAAAUGUGUCGUCUGUUGUGUCGCGAUACAUAGAACAAAAGAGCUCGACGCCCUCCAAGGUUGCACCUCUCUUCAUGGC